CAAUCUCGAAAAUAUUAAAAUAUAAGGUAGUUAUUAUUAUAAGAAAUAUAAAAUAUUGUUUUAAUUACAAUUAUUAUAUUUAAAUUAUUCAAGUACACAGUAGUGAAAACUAUUGAGUAAUAUAUCAGUGCUAUUUUUUUAAAAAUAUUUUACUUUAUAUCUCAUGCGUUUGGUACUGACAUUGUUCAUUAAAGCUAUUAAAAAUUAUGUGUAUGGACUAAGUCUUUACACCUUAAGGGAUCAAUAAAUUGUUUAUUAAAAUAAAAACAAUGUUCUCAACGCUUAAACGUUUAACGAACAAAAUUGACAAUAAAGAUGUCCCAGCUACCACAAGUCAGCCUAAAGCAUUACCUCAGGACUUACAACGAACUUUCUCCAAAGGCAUUCAAUACAACUUGAAACUAGUCAUUAAAGGCGACAGGAAUGUAGGAAAAACAUGUUUGUGGAACCGUUUGCAAGGAAAACCUUUUAUUGCCAACUACGAAGAAACUGAUGAAAUACAAGUUGCCCAUAUCCAAUGGAACUAUAAAAAUACUGAAGAUAUCGUUAAAGUAGAAGUUUGGGACGUGGUUGACAAAGGAAAGAGACGAUCAUUGCCAUCGUCUAAAUCAAGUGAUGUUCUUAAGACUGAACACAAUAAAGCAAAAAUAUCACCAGUACCCGUUGAAGACACUCCAGUAUUAGAUGCAGAACUUGUUGAUGUUUACCGAUGUACAAAUGGUGUUUUAAUAGUCUUGGAUAUUACUAAAAGAUGGACACUAGAUUAUGUGUACAAUGAGCUGCCGAAAAUACCUGAUAACAUACCCGUGUUAGUAUUAGGAAAUCAUUGUGAUAUGAAUCACCACAGGAGUGUUAAUGCGGAUGAAAUUAUUUACUAUUUGAACUCCUUAGAAAGGGGCAGCUCUAUUCGAUAUGCUGAGGUAUCAAUGUCAAACGGAUUUGGCCUGCGACUUAUUUAUAAAUGGAUUGGCAUAUCAUUUUUACAACUACAGCGUGAAAACAUAAUGAAUCAUUUAGAAACAAAUGGUCGGGAAACAAAAAUAAUGACAAUGGAGUUAGAUGUUUAUCAACAGAGUAAUGAAGCUAAUUAUGAUUUGUUUCUCACGAGGUUGUCAAAACAGAGAAGAGUUGAUGCGGAAAAUAAAUCUGUAGCUGCAACAUUACCGCUACCAUUGCUAAAUACUCCCAGUAUAAAUGACGUAAAAUCUCAAAUUGAAAAACAGAAUCAAUCACGAAUAGAUCCAAAAACACAAAAUAUUGCCCAAAAAAUGUUUCCUAUAACUAAGCCAGAUACACAACUAUCAGAAACAAAACAUGUGUGUAAAGAAUAUCCCAAAGAAGAAUCGGUUGUCAAUGUACCCACAUCAGCUAACAGCAAUAAUUUAGAUGACUUUGUACCAGACGAUGUGUUGGAUAAGUCAUUUUUAGAAGACGCUGGUCAUAAUGAUAUUGUGGUAAAGAGUGUCAAAGAGACUGAACUCGAUUCUGAUAGUGAUGAUGAUUCUGGAAAUCCUAUGGUCGCAUGUUAUCAAGCUGACAUUGAUCCAGACGAUUUAGCACCAGCUCUAUCAAAUAUAAAGAUAAAUACUACCAUUAUGAGUGAAAACGACAAUUCACUUGAUAUAGAAAAUUUAACUGAAAUUCGAAAUACAACGAGGCCUAGACCUGAAGGUGGAGAGGAUGAAUCAAAAACCCCAAAAGAUAGUUUAAACUCUGUAGAUUCAGAGAUUAAGGGUAAAGAGAAGAAAAGCAAAUCUAAAGGAGAGAAAAAGGGCAAAAAAAAAAUUACUAGUUCCAAAUCGGAAUACGAGAAUUUGGAAAGCUUUUUGAAUGACGUAUCAUGAUUUAGAUCAUUUUACAUUAAUAUAUUUUGUUUUAUAUAAUUAAAAUUUUUAAUUAUUAUUGUUAUUAAUGUUCUUAGUUUUUUGUAAUAUUAAUAUUGAAGUAAGUGCAUUUUAUUCCGCUUUAUUAAAUUAUACAUAA